UUCUUUGCAGCUUCCUGGAGAGAAUUGACAGUGUCAGCCUGGUGGAUUACACACCCACAGACCAGGACCUCCUUAGAUGCAGAGUGCUGACGUCAGGAAUUUUUGAGACUCGAUUCCAGGUGGAUAAAGUGAACUUCCACAUGUUCGAUGUUGGUGGCCAGAGGGAUGAGAGAAGAAAGUGGAUUCAGUGCUUCAAUGAUGUCACCGCGAUCAUUUAUGUGGCCGCCUGCAGUAGCUACAACAUGGUUAUCCGGGAAGACAACAACACCAACAGACUGAGAGAAUCGCUGGACCUUUUUGAAAGCAUCUGGAACAACAGGUGGUUACGGACCAUAUCUAUCAUCUUGUUCUUGAACAAACAGGAUAUGCUGGCAGAAAAAGUCUUGGCAGGGAAGUCAAAAAUUGAAGACUAUUUCCCGGAGUAUGCAAAUUACACUGUUCCUGAAGAUGCCACACCGGAUGCAGGUGAAGACCCCAAAGUUACAAGAGCUAAGUUCUUCAUCCGAGAUCUGUUCUUGAGAAUCAGCACGGCCACUGGUGAUGGCAAACACUACUGCUACCCACACUUCACCUGUGCUGUGGACACGGAGAACAUCCGUAGGGUGUUCAACGACUGUCGUGACAUCAUCCAGCGGAUGCACCUCAAACAGUAUGAACUCCUGUGAGGACCACCACAAUCCUCGCCACCUGCCUCCCCGCACCUUGUGACCACUCUAUAAGGCGGAAGCUUUCCUCUGGACUUGUAUCUGUCAGCCCCAAGCCAUGGUAGGACGUAGCGUAUGUCUAGUGUCUUGUCCUGGGUACACCACGUGUGACCACCAAGCCUCUGGCUACCUCUGUUCCCCCCAGGUUUGGUUCUGUAGCUUUUGUUUUCAUGGACCACAAAAUCUCCCCAUUCCAACCAACCCUCAUUUUGGGGUAACACUGCAGUGAGUCUCUCUGGGUGGAGAUCCUUUUUAUUCUUUGAUUGAUUGGUUGGUUCAUCCAGGAGAACUUGAUUUUUUUUUCAGGUUACCAAACUUGAUUGUGGAAUAUUUAGUGCCAUGAGGUGCUGUUUUUUGUUGUUGUUUUUUUCCCCUUUACAAAGCUGCAGGCAGACAGGUGGCUGUCCUUGUUAUCUGCACUAGCCCAAGGCUUAGAGUAGAUCCCAGGCCAGCAAGAGAAAUGCUUCUGCAGCCACAUUUACAGUCGCUGAAAGCUGCAGGCAAUUUAAUAGAGCACUUCUUUUAUUCUUUUACACUUAAGAGGAAAACCUACCCCAUUCACUACUGCAAAAUGUGUCCUGUCUAAAAACAAUCCAAUAGCUGGUGACUCAUGCCUAUAA